GACAAGAAUUGAUCCUCCAAAGAUCAGUGUUCGGUACUCAAUUGGAAGUUUAGUGUUAAGCGACAAAAAUCGUUCCGGUAACACCAAAGUCCGAUUGAAGGAUUUAAGUAGUUGAGUGAAGCCCCAAGAAAAACCCACAAACAUGUACUCGAAAAUGAUCGCUGUUCUGGCGUUAGCAGCCGUAGCUAUUGCUGCUCCCCAGCACCAGGAAGCUGCCCGUUUCCCAGCUGGAGUGAACCCCAAUGCCUGCCCUUCGUACCCCAACUGCGACAACGCCGCACUGCAUAACCAAAACCCACCGGCCAAUCAUGCUAACAAUCACUGGAACCCGAACUGGAACGCCCAGCCAGCUGCCCCAGCCUGGAAUGCUCAACCUGCUGCUCCUUCCUGGAACCCACAGCCAGCUGCCCACUCGUGGAACCAACAACCUGCUGCUCCCUCGUGGAACCCACAGCCCGCGGCUCAUUCCUGGAACCAACAGCCCGCUGCUCCAGCAUGGAAUGCUCAGCCACAGCCCCACUGGAAUUCCUUCCCAGCUGUCACUGGCCCAGCUAACAACCACCUUGCCGCCGCUCCAGCACCAUCUGCCGGCGGUGACAAGUAUCCAGCUGGAGUGAACCCUCAGACUUGCCCCAACUACCCCUUCUGUGAUCACGCUGCCACUGCUGGAGCCCCACAGGUUGCUCCCCUGCCAGGAUAUACCGAGCGCCUGUACCCAGCCGGAGUGUCCCCCCACAGCUGCCCGAACUUCCCAUACUGCAACUAAGCACCUGUGAUAAAUACCAUCCUGACCUCAACCGAGCCAGCCAAUCUUACAGACCCUUCGUCAGACUUGAUUUCGCCUUUAUGUGUCUAACGUUCUGCUAACCUUCAUGCUUUAAUGCUCUACAUACCCCCAUUUCCGAAUACUCAACUAACCAAACUCAUUGUGGGGUUAUUGGAAGAAAAAAAAAUCAUCAACAAAACACUGCCAUGUUUGUUUCGUGUACAUAUAAUGUUUCAUGAUUAGUAAGUUUGUGAUUUGCCGUUGAAGUUAUGCAUGUGUAAUGAUAGUGUUCCUUUUGAGUUAUAUUUUUUGUUUUGUGUGGAAAAGACAACGGAAUAGAUGAAUUUAAAUACGCAAGUUCGAUAUUUAAACAUUA